AUGCACAUCUCAACCCCCUUCGCCACCCUCUUCCUCCUCGCCACCUCGACCUACGCUUACGACUCCAUCUCCUUCACCACCUGGAACUGCACAGACUGCAACCCCGUCCCCGGCACCUUCUGCUCCGUCAACACGCGCACCCAGCUCCCUCCAAACAACUGCAUCCCAAUGUGGAGCGGAAGCACGUACAUUCGGACGUUUGAUGCGACGGCUCCGUCAUGCCAAGUGAAUCUUUAUCUUGCGGCAGAUUGCUCGGGUCCGGCGGAAGUGCAUAGGGAGAAUGGCGGGAGGUGCGAACCGAAGGGGCCGACGAAUUCUUUUCAGAUUACUUGUUAA